CUAUGAUAAGAUAACCCAAAACAAACCUUAAUGAUUACUGGGUUUAUAUUCCAUACUUGAAAGCCAAACCCUAAGCCAAAAGACCUAACAAACACAAUAACCUAAGAAGCCAAAUAACCUAACAACCACCUCACACCUAAAUCGCAGUCCAAGUUUUACCGGGAACGUGUUUCAGCUGCUUGAGUUAGGAUGUCCAAGCGCAAACGUCCAGAGAGUGUUAAAAGUGAUAAGAUGUCUUCCAAACGUCGUGUCAGCUCUCAUAGUACUCGUCCUGCUCCUCUUAGCGCUUUUGCAGUACGCCAACUUUCACUCAAAAAACAAAACACACCAGUACAAGAAAGUGACGACAAAAAAAAGGACACAAAGUCUAAAAAUAACUUCGUUGAAGUUGUGGUUCCAGGUGUAGAUCGAAGCCGUAAGGAUUCAGAGUCAAUUGAGUCAGAAUCAGAUGAGGAACCAGAUGUUUCAAUCAUUAAGGAAGUUCCAGCUCCUGUAUCUCGCAUAGUUCAAUCAGGUCGUAAUUCCGAUACAUUCAGUCCUAUUAGAGAAGCGAGCCCUUUAUCAAACGAGACCAGUCCUGUGGAUAAGGAACUUGAAAAACCAGAAUUGGUACAGUUAACUCACAAAAACUCACUUCGUAUCGGAAACAUUCUUUACUUGGGUCUCAACACUGGAGAUCAGGCGUCUUUUGUUGGGUCCUACGCUUUCCAAUGCAUUCAAGGUAGAAUCGAAAUUUUUGGAUCUCAGUACGGGCCAAACGAUUCCAAUUGGGUUCCUAUAAACGCGCCUCUUAUUUAUCCGUCCCCUAUUUUCCGGGCCUUGCCUGGUCCUCACGAACCCAUCGUCGACGACUCGUCGGAAUCCGCAUUCUCCUCUGACUCGUCCAAUACGGAAACUCAAAGUCGGAAAAAAAUUGAAAAUGUUCUUUCAUCGUUUAGCACUAUAUUGGCAUUAAAAAUUAUGGACAAUGGCCUCUCUAAACUGGCACAACUUUAUGCUCCCGCAAGACGGUACUUUGACAUUGAAGAGUCUUUCGAAAAUGCUUACGACAGGUCCUCGAGUUUUGAGAUUCUGCCACCCUCCUGGGUUUCGUUUGCUGAUGAUCUUUGUCAUUCCUUGCAAACUAAAAAACCUGUUCGUAUACUUGUUUCAGGGCCAAAAGGUUCUGGUAAGAGUAUGUUUGCUCGGUACCUGGCAAAUCGACUUUUAGAAAGCUUAAACGAAAUUCAGUACCUUGAUUCCGAUCCCGGACAAGCAGAGUUCCUUCCUAUUGGAUGCGUCUCUCUCAACCACAUCAACAAACCGCUGCACGGUCCCGCCUUUGCCCGACAAAAUGCAACACCUCUUCGGAGUGUACGUCUUCACUUAGGCGAUACAAGCCCUAAAAAUGAUUUGAUACACUAUCCUGCUUGCAUAGAGCGCCUUAUGAACGAAUAUCAGCAUGACAAUUUUGAGCGCGAGUUAUCAUCCAUUACUCCAUUGUCUCUUAUUAUUAACUGUCCCGGCUGGAUUAAAGGAUUGGGUGCAGAAUUGUUACAAAAAACUAUUCGACUUACGAAGCCCACUCAUAUUGUAUACCUUCAUCGUGAAACAUCGUCUCGUUCUAAAACACAACAAAAAUCCGAGCCAAAUAAUCAGGACACUAUUAACUCCGAUCUGUUCUCAAAUGUCAAGGCUUCCAUCGUUACCACACUAGAGUCCGCAUGGAGUUUUGUGCCGAACCUGGUGUCACGCGUUCCAGCAGUCGAGACUCGGACAAUGGCUGUACUAACGUACCUUUUUGCCGAUGCCGCAACAUCUUCGUGGGAUAUGAGUACAUCAAUGGCUGCUCGAAGACCUUUCAUAACAUCUUUUACCUCAGAAGACAGAGGAAUAGAUGCAGUGAAUAUUAUUGGUGAACCUCUUAAUCCAGUGGAUAUUGUUGACACCAUCAGUGGUACCUUAGUUGCUGUUUGCUCUUUCGACGUAUCAAGCGCCGAGGAAUGGAAACAACAAUGCCCCACUCAAACUCCAGAAGGCAUAUCAAUUUUGUUCAAUGAUGGUUUGCCUCUUCAUCCGGCCACAAGCCAGUGCUUAGGUUAUGCUAUUUUGAAGUGUAUUGAUGUUAAGCGCCAGGAGUUUCACCUUGUCGGACCACUGGAUCUUGAUCUAGUAGCGAACGCUUGUGAACAAGGCAAAAAAAUAGUUCUUGAGAGAGGUCGAUUAGAGCUUCCUACAUGUGCCAUGAUGGAUUACCGUUUCGUUAAGUAUCCUGAACUGCCAUUUCUCAAUCGGUUACAAAUUCACGGAGGUGCGGGAUCUCGAGUCCGCCGCGUUCGUAGAAACAUUGCGCGGAGAAGCGCCUUCGUUCGCACAUAAAAAAGUUACAUUUGGGCCGUUUACUAGAUUAUAUGACACGGUAUGUCAGUUCCUUUUUUGUUUUUUUUUUACAUAUGAUUUCCCUUCCGAUAUAAAACGACUCCAACACAGAUACCUUCAGUUCAACACACACCUCUUAUCCCAUUGCGGGUGCACGGGAAGCUAUGAAAAUUUGUUAAGAAAGACAGCUUAAAUAGUCUUAAUCAUGUAUUACUACAACCUUCCAUACGUUAACUGGUACAUCCUCAAGUUCCCGUAAAUGACCACACUAAAGAGGGAUCGGUAGUUAAAGGAAGCAGAGAGAACGGUUAGCGUAGGAGGUGAAAGUCUUAGGAAGGCAAAUGAAAUGUGAGUGCCAAACUAUCGUAGAGUCUCGAAAACCGAAGAAUGGUUUUCGUUUGGGCCAAAAAACGACAAAAAUAUUCAUCGCAUCCGUCUAUAUAUAGUCGCCCUACCUAGCAUCGACUUAAGCCGGCUAUUUCUCCUUUGAUGUCCUUCCACAGCUGUCUGAUUACAACUGAGUCAAAUGCUUUUAACGUUGGGCAAAAUGGCGUCUAUCACAUGGGAAUGGGGGAAAUGUACCCAGAACAGUCGGUAGACAACAUACACCACAACUAUGCAUCAGGGGACCAGCCCAAAGCUUUAAGGUCAGCCAAAACCUUUGGCUCUGUCUCGAUUUUCUUAAUCUGAGUAACCUCAAGCUUUUCGCCAUUUGCCAAACGUGCCUUAAGCUCGUCAAUAGCACGAAGCUUCUUGCACAAGGAACGAAUUUUCUUUUCGUCACUGACUUCCGCAGGUGCAUUAGCACCAGCCUUGGUGCCGUUGUUUUGCUUCUUCUGCUUGCCGUUUUUCUUUUCAACAAUAGGAGUGGCACCGGGAACAACGCGUUCCUUCUUCACUGAGUAAGGCUUGGAAGAGGCACUGCUGCCCAAAACAUCAAGCUCUCUCAUGCGUUGAGAAACGGAAGACACUUGACCACGAGCACCGGGGGGACGGUAAGCACCCGUGGCUUUGAUGACCGGCUUGGAUGCGAGCUUGGCUGCGGAUUCGUGAGGUUGAGGAGGUGCGGGAAUAGUGAGGGUGCCAGUGCGUCCGAACGUCACCGGAGCAGCAGAAGGCUUAGGUCGCCAAGUGACUUGGUAAAGCUCAUUGAAUUCUUGGUAGAACAUAGGUUUUCCGGUAAUAUGCCAGAUCUUAAUACUGUUAUCAACACGAAGACGAGGUGACGUGACAGAAGUAAGCAAGAACUCGCUCUCUGGACUGAAUUCACAAUGCGUGGUGUUCGCAGCCUCCACAGUAGCCAACUUCCUCAUGUUGUCAUAACUGUCGUAAAUAUCAAUGCUUCCCUGGAGAUUUCCAAAACCAGCAAGCAUUACAUAACGUGCAUUGGGGGAAAAAAGGAGCGUAUUGCGGGGAGCAGACGGAAGAGUAGUGACAAUGUUAGCACGGUUGUCGAAAAUUGCGGUUUUU